AUGACGGAGCAGAGCGAGCACAGCAACGGCGGCGUAUGCGCCAGCAGCAUACAGCCAGCGCGGAAUGGCGGGCUGUGCGGGCACGGCGGCGUUGGGGGGGUAGGUGAGGCGGAGGGGGAUCCCGUACACACGCAGAUAAUACAGGAGGACAACCCAUUCGUUGAGCACGGACAGAGCUAUGUGGCGCCACACAGCGGGGGCGGGAGGACGAGCUCGGGGUCGAGCAGCAGCGCCAGCCUGCAGGAAGGGCUUUUGGCGCCGCCGCUGGCAAAGAGCUCGGCGGGGGAGCAGGGGCGCGUGCGGAUCCUGGAAGCGUCGAAGGUGUCGGAGGGGCAGGGGCGGUCGUACAUUACGUACACGAUAAGCUACCGGGACCGGGUGGUGCGGCGCCGCUACAGCGAGUUUGAGAGUCUGCGGAAGAUCCUGAUCAAGUUGUUUCCCAUGACGCUGAUUCCGCCGAUUCCGGAGAAACAGUCGCUGACGAGCUACGGGAAGUCGAUUGCAGGGUCCAACGCGAACUACGUGCUGCCCUCGGAGGCCGCGGGGUGCGAUCUCGCGGUUUCGGUGAUCAACGGCAGCGUGAAUCUCAAUGACCAAAAAAUGAUCCGGCAUAGAAUCCGGAUGCUGACCAGCUUCCUUAACCGCCUGCUGCAGAAUGAGGAGGUGACUAAGACAUCCAUCAUUGGUGACUUUCUUGAUCCGAACAAUGCCAAUUGGAACGACGUUAUCACCACCUCGGCCACGAUCUCCUCUUUGCCCAAGAGUGUCCUGCAGUGCAACCCACUGGAUCCUACGAACACUACGCCGGCACAUGCAUCUUUGCCGAUACCACCUUUAUCUUCGGCACCUCAGCUAAUGGGAAAGGACGGGGUAGGCACGUCUACAAAACCUUCGGCUGAAGAUAUGGAGUUUUCCAGAAUAGAAUACGAAUACAAAAAGUAUGAACAGCUAUUGCAUACGGGAGUAUAUAAGUACAAUCGCCGUAUUACCAGGACAAUGCACGAGCUUAAGCAGGACCUAGCGGACUUGAGCGAAGCCUUUGCAGAGUUUGCGGUGGAGCAGAGCAAAGGCGGAGAUCUGGCAGAGCUGCUCUCUUAUCUGAGCAACGCGAAUGACGAGGCAGCAGCAGUUCUAGAUGAUCUGGUCGGGAAGAUCUACUAUAACAUCAAUGAGCCUCUGAGUGAGGCAGUUCAUAUAGCGGGAGCCGCUCGUGAAUUAAUACAAUACCGAAGGUUGAAGUUCGCACAGCGGGACAUGUUAAAGAAGUCCUUAUUAGGUAAAGAGGGACACUUAAAAAGAUUACAAGAACAAGAGGACGAUGCGAAAGCUAUUGAUCAACUGGUUGACCAACAUCUCGGCGAAGGUACGCGUAUUAACUUACAGAGGCCAUCCGAAGCAUCACCCAAUACCUAUAAACGAAAGUUGUUUAGCCGGUUCAAUAAGUUGGCUAACAUCGUAAAGGAAACAGUUACAUAUCAAGAACAAGAUCCUAAAGUGAAUAUAAAAACAGUUCAGGAAGACAUUGAACAAAUAAAGGAAUCGCUUGAUGUCAGUGCUAGCGAUUUAGAUGUGAUCACCGCAACGAUACGAGAUGUUCAGCUGCCAGCAUUUUCUCGUAAUCGGGACAAGGAACUCUAUGACAUAUUGAAAAAUUAUUCCAAGUAUAUGAAGGAAUAUGCAGCGAAGAACUUGGAAAUAUGGAAGGAUUUGCGAAAGCAGGAGGAAAAUGCAUAA